AUCAAACACAUGAAUCUGUUAAUGGCCUAAAUUUGUUUACUUUUUCUUUCAAAUUUUUGUUUCAUAAAAACCAAGUCUUUUCCAAAUUAAGUCAAGAAAAAACAGUCUUCACUGAAAAAAAAGUCGAGUGAGCGAGUUACCGAGUGAGCGAGUUACCGAGUGAGCGAGUGAGCGAGACACCAUGGCUGAAGAGAAAACGGUGCAUUCACCAGUGGUGACUUACGCUUCAAUGCUUUCACUUCUAAGUUUUUGCCCUCCCUUCGUAAUCUUGCUAUGGUAUACGAUGGUGCAUGCUGAUGGAUCAGUUUUGCAAACUUUUGAUUAUAUUAAGCAAAAUGGGUUGCAUGGAUUUGUUAGCUUAUGGCCAAGACCUACUGCUACUGCUUGGAAAAUUAUUGCUUGUUAUGGUGCAUUUGAGGCAGUACUUCAGCUUCUUGUACCUGGGAAAAGGGUUGAGGGCCCUAUUUCUCCUCAAGGGAAUCGACCCGUUUAUAAGGCAAAUGGUAUGGCAGCAUACAUAGUAACACUGGUCACUUAUCUUGGCCUUUGGUGGUUUGGAAUAUUCAACCCGUCAGUUGUUUAUGAUCAUUUGGGAGAGAUAUUUUCAGCUCUUAUUUUUGGAAGCUUCAUAUUUUGUGUCUUAUUGUACAUAAAAGGACAUGUGGCACCAUCAUCAACGGAUUCCGGUUCAUGUGGAAACGUAAUAAUGGAUUUCUACUGGGGCAUGGAGUUGUAUCCUCGAAUUGGAAAGAACUUUGACAUCAAAGUUUUCACAAAUUGCAGAUUUGGGAUGAUGUCUUGGGCAGUUCUUGCAUUGACCUACUGCAUUAAGCAGUAUGAGCAGAAUGGGAAAGUGGCUGAUUCCAUGCUUGUAAAUACAGUAUUGAUGUUGGUGUAUGUUACAAAGUUUUUUUGGUGGGAAGCUGGGUACUGGAACACUAUGGACAUUGCACAUGACCGAGCUGGGUUUUAUAUUUGCUGGGGAUGCUUGGUAUGGGUUCCAUCCAUAUAUACUUCUCCUGGAAUGUACCUAGUUAACCAUCCUGUGAACCUUGGAACUCAGCUUGCAAUCUACAUAUUGGUGGCGGGACUUCUCUGUAUAUAUGUCAACUAUGACUGUGACAGGCAAAGGCAAGAAUUUCGCAGAACAAAUGGAAAAUGCUUGGUUUGGGGGAAGGCUCCAUCAAAGAUUGUGGCUUCAUACACUACUACCACUGGAGAAACAAAAACAAGCCUUCUUUUAACCUCGGGAUGGUGGGGCUUAUCGCGCCAUUUCCAUUACGUACCCGAAAUAUUAGCUGCUUUUUUCUGGACUGUCCCGGCUCUUUUUAAUCAUGUUCUCCCCUACUUCUAUGUGAUAUUUCUUACCAUCCUUCUGUUUGAUCGAGCUAAGAGGGACGACGAUAGAUGCCGAUCCAAGUAUGGGAAAUACUGGAAGCUGUACUGCGAGAAGAUAAAUUGGGCAGGGAUGUCAGGCUAUGAGAAUGUGGUUGGUGGGAAGCUGAAGCUGAAGGGAAAACCCUUGAAUGUGAAGGCUGGUGGGAUGAAGAAGAAAAAGAAACACAAGAAACACCAGGAUCAACUUUCUCAAGCUGUUGACACUCAACUAUCCGAAGAGCAAAGCACAGAAGUGACUGACCCUAGUGAAGAUGGUGGGAAUGAAAGCGGCAAAUUGAGUGAAGAACACAAGGGUGCUGCUCAUGAAGAAUAUAUGACAGCUGCAGAGAGACGAUACAUGGAGCAGAGAGGAAAUAUUGAUGUUCAUAGGAUGGCCAAGGAAGCUAAUAAAUCUCACCGUGACAGGAUUCAAGAUUUCAAUCAGUAUUUGGCAAAUAUGAGUGAGCAUUACGACAUUCCUAAAGUUGGUCCUGGCUAAAACGCUCCAACUAUGCCCUCUGCUAAUCAGUGCACAAGUUCCUUUUAACAGCUUAGGGGAAACAAGGACUUUUUUAUUUUCUUGUUCGCUCUGUAAUUGUAAUUUGAAUUUUUCUUACCAUAUGACGUAUGCUGUAUUUUAAGCCUAAAGUUGAUCCGCCAACUUUUAUGUGCUUUGUCCUAAAAUUUACUUGUGCUUUGAUUGAUUAAAUUUGUACUCGAUGUGAGAUGUUUUCCAAA